CGUCACUCGGGAGCGCGCAGGAGCAGCAAUGGCCGCUGUGGAUCGGCGGAUGCCUAAUCUCGAUGAUUUUGUCGGAUUAAACUGGAGUUGUUGGGUCGACACAGUGGACAUUGAACCUUCGGAUGUCCUGUCUGAAGACACCAAAUCUGGGAGGGACCGCUGUGAGACCAUGACCCUCAGGAAAGAAGACAUGCCCAUAUACGGUUACUGUCCAGCACAAGAUGACUUCUACUUGGUGGUGUGCAGCCACUGUGGAAAGCUGGUGAAACCUCAGGCCUUUGAGGAGCACUGCAGCCAGAGGCACAGCUUGCUCACUAAAACCUCUGUCCCAUCCAGCUCCACUCCACUGCUGCAGCCGCGCACAAAUCGCCCCUUGACGCCAUCCCAAAAUGUGUCCAAAGAAAAACAGAGGGACAGUAGGCUCAAAGAUACUAGUGUCCCAUCAUCCCCUUCCCAGCGCAGGCCCAGCAAACCUCUGAAAGAAGCAGCAAGUUUACCGACUAUGGACAAAAUUACUCAGGACAAAUCACACCCUCCUUUGCCACAGCGUCCCAGAAGUCAACCCUUGCCUUCAGUGCCCCCUCUCCCAAACCACUGUCGCUCCUCUGCUUCCUCCCUCUCCAUCACACCCUCUUCAUCUCUCAGACCAUCAUCUAUGAAGCCCCCUGUUCAGAAGCUCACGGCUGCACAACCCACCAGCAGUCCCCAGCGUGACACACGGGCCUACUCCCGGACACACAAAAACAAUAAUAACAAAACCUCAAUAAACAAAAAGUGUGAAGAUCAAGACAAGAAGAAGCAGACAAACAUUCAGCAGCCUAUACAAACUAUGGACAUGAGUCGACAGCUGAAAACAAAGAUCGAUUCUGACCUACCAACUGUGGCCUCUUCACCUCGAGAUUCAGAGAUGACUCCUGUAAAAACUAAAACCUCAGAGUCACAGGGUCCCCCCAAAGAAAACACAAGCCGUUGCAGUAAAUUUAUCCUCAACACCAACAGCCACAUUGCCAGGCCAAGAGACGGCUCAGAAACCACUCCAGCGGAGCAGAGCCCUGUGGUAGAGCUAGAAGUACAGCCUCCUUAUCCCUUCAACCAAAGCCUACCAUCCAGUGACAACAGCGACAAUGAAGAGGAAUCCACUGAUGUGUCCUCCACACCCUGGCAUCCUAAACCUCUUGGGCUGUGCACAUUUGGAUGUCAUGCGUUUGGCUGUAGUGUCUUCACAUUUGAUCGACGCUUACAUCACUUACGGAUAGCACUCAGUGCCAUGUUGGAGGACCAUGUGAACUCACACUUGUGGAAGAAAAUGCCUCAACCUGCCUCAAAUCUCAGGUCCACUCAUGCUACACCUUCAACGCGAGCAUCGCCGGUCCGGAUAGGAGCGAGGUCCAAUCCAACUGGUUCAUUUAAUGUUAAAUCUACCUCACUUGAAAGACUCAAAAACACUCAAAAUAACUCGAAGAGAACCAAGUCGCCCCCCUCUGCCCCCACUAUGAGCCCUGGCGCAGGUCAGCAGUCCUCCUCUGCUGUGCAGACUAGUAAGGCUCAUAUGGGACAAAGGGAGCUUAUGCAAAACACCAAAACUAUACAAAAACCUUCUCAGUUAUCGCACACCACAUCUUCUAAGCACAUAGCCCCCUCUAGCACACUCAUCCCUGGUUUAUUAUCCAAAAAGACCCCACCAUUGUCGCCUCUACGGCCUUCUGAAAGAAACACCCCACUUUUAAAUGAAUCCCUACAACCAAAUCCUUGCCCUCCACGGAGCAAAGGUCGACCUUCCGGGAUAGUCCAGCCCAGAGCUGGGAGCUGUGACGCACAAAAAAGAAAAACACAAUCUACUAUGGGCCCCACCAGCUCCUCACCGUCCAAAAAGUGUCCCCGCCUGUCGCCCCCGUCCCGGUCCAGCCUGUUCUCCUGGAAGAGGGACAGCACUCAGGAUGUCUGGCUUGGGGUGUGGAGGAAAGAGCACACAACUGAAGAUGACACCCCAGGCCAGUAUUAGACCAACCUACAGGGAAGCCAGCACAGUGUGAGUGUAUGAAUGUGUGUGUUGAACUGUGUUUUUUGUUUUGUUUUUUUAUGCACAAGUUAUGUAUUCAUUAUUAUGGAUGUACAGUAUGUGUAAAUGUGAAAUGUCAAUUUUUGAAAUAUUUUUUACAAAAAAAAUAUGUCUGUGUAAAAGCACCUCCAUGUAUUACUCAUGCUGCUAAACAAACGGGAACAAAACAAUAAAGUGAAAUUGUGUUUUC